AAAAAAAGUUAACAGUUUACUCCCAGCAAAAAUAAGAAAAGCCUGACCAACUUCUGUAGACUUCCAGGAAUCGUUGGUUUAGACGUUGCACAGCAGGAUGGCGGAGCCCCGUGGGAUCCUGAUAAAAGGAGGCAAAGUUGUGAAUGAAGAUUUCUCUGUGAUCAGUGACGUCUAUAUUGAAAAUGGGAAAAUAGUGGAUGUUGGACUGAAUCUUCACAUUCCAGAGGGAGUGAGAAUUAUUGAUGCCAGGGAUAAACUGGUGAUCCCAGGUGGAAUUGACACACACACGCACAUGGAGCUUGCAUUCAUGGGCACCAGGAGUGUGGAUGACUUUCAUAUAGGAACUCAGGCUGCCUUAGCUGGAGGGACAACAAUGAUCGUGGACUUUGUCAUCCCCCAAAAAGGCAAGUCUCUUCUGGAGGCUUAUAACUCUUGGCGCAAGGCAGCGGACAGCAAAGUCUGCUGUGACUACUCACUGCAUGUCGCUGUCACGUGGUGGAGUGACCAGGUCAAGAAUGAAAUGGAGAUUAUCGCCAAAGAGAAAGGAGUCAAUUCCUUUAAGAUGUUUAUGGCGUAUAAAGAUCUGUACAUGCUGCAGGAUGCUGAACUCUAUGCAGCAUUUGCCCAGUGCAAGAACAUUGGCGCAAUAGCGCAAGUGCAUGCUGAGAAUGGGGACCUGAUCGCUGAGGGGGCAAAGAAGAUGCUGUCCAUGGGCAUCACAGGACCUGAGGGUCAUGAAAUGUGUCGGCCGGAGGAAGUCGAGGCUGAGGCUACUCAGAGAGCCAUCACCAUCGCCAGUGCUGUCAAUUGCCCUCUUUAUGUGGUCCAUGUCAUGAGCAAAUCUGCAGCCAAGGUGGUGUCCAACGCACGCAGAGAUGGACGGGUGGUGUUUGGGGAGCCCAUUGCAGCUGGACUAGGAACUGACGGGACUCACUACUGGCACAAGGAGUGGGCCCAUGCGGCUUUCUUUGUCAUGGGUCCUCCCCUAAGACCUGACCCCAGCACCCCUGCGUACCUCAUGGACCUGCUGGCCAAUGAUGAUCUCAGUGUGACGGGGACCGACAACUGUACCUUCUCAGUUUGUCAGAAGGCACUUGGAAAAGACGACUUCACCAAGAUCCCCAAUGGGGUGAACGGCGUGGAGGAUAGGAUGUCCGUCAUUUGGGAGAAGGGAGUGCACAGCGGCAAAAUGGAUGAGAAUCGAUUCGUAGCUGUCACCAGCAGCAACGCAGCAAAAAUCUUCAACUUCUACCCGCAAAAAGGCCGCAUCGCCAAGAACUCAGAUGCUGAUGUGGUUAUUUGGGAUCCCAAGUCAUCAAGAAAGAUUUCAGCCAAGACGCAUCACCAGGCUGUGGACUACAACAUCUUUGAGGGUAUGGAGUGUCAUGGAGUGCCAGUGAUCACCAUUUCCAGGGGCAAAGUGGUCUACGAGGAUGGACACCUGAAGACGACGCCUGGUUGGGGCAGAUUCGUCCACAGAAAACCCUUCUCUGAAUUUGUCUACAAACGAAUCAUGCAGAGGGACAAGGUGGGCCAACCUACACCUGUGAUCAGAAAGCCAUAUGAUGGAAAAGUCAUUUCUGUGUGAACAUGGGAGCCACUAAAGAAAGCCACUUUGAGCCUCCAGCUGUGUGUUUGCGUCCUUUCACACUCAUUACUGUCAGUGCCUGGACAAGUCUCAGAAAUAGUAAUACUUAUAUGGUCAGAAAUAGCAAAAAUUAUACUCAGAAAGAUUCAUUUUAUAUACAGUACUGCGAAAUGUGUUAUCUUUUUAAUUCAUCUUUUCAGUGAGGAAUGGGUGGUCAAUUUAGGUCAAUUCAACAUCAAACUCAAUGUCAUGUUAUGUACUUUUAUAGGCUUUAUGAAAUUCUAACUAUCAAUAGUUUUAUUAUCAUUGCAAAGAAAUAAAAGCGGAAGUGGCUACUAAGAAACA